AGAGCGACCAGUCUAAUGACGUCACGGUGCAAUGCUGGCCAGGCUGGCCGGGUGGCCCAGGUGGGGCGCGGCGCGGGACGCGGGGCCUCGGCGAGAUGGAGGGGCCAAGCCCCGCGGCCCAGCGCCGAGCCGAACAACGAACAACACGCAGUGACGGACUGGGAGCGGCAGCGUGCACCUCGACGCCACAUUCUGUCCACUUCUUCUGGGGUUUCCCUGACAAAACCAGCCGCCAUGUGGCUGGGUGUGAUAGGGCUGUUGGCAGUGUUGGGGGUAGGGGACUGCGGGAAAGUGGUGCGAGUCCCCUUCAAAGACUGCUAUGUUGAUGCCAAUUCCCCCGAAUCCAUCUACAACUUCACCAUGCUGGACCUCUGGGGCCAGCGAAACAUCAGCCUCUCCGAUUAUAAAGGAAAGGUGGUGUUGAUCACCAACGUUGCAACAUACUGAGGACUGACCCACCACUACCAUGGUCUGAAUGCACUGAAUUCCCACUUCAGAGACCUGGUAGUGCUUGGGUUCCCUUGCAACCAGUUUGGCGAGCAAGAGCAAGGAAAUAAUGCUACAGAAAUUUGGAAUGGCAUCAAAUAUGUCAGACCAGGUCAUGGCUUUGAGCCCAAUUUCCAGCUGUUUGCUAAAAUAGAAGCAAAUGGAGAAACUGAAGUACCACUAUACACAUACCUCAAGAAAAUGUGUCCAUCAACAAGAGAUGGACAUGGCGAAACCAAGAACCUGCAUUACUUCCCUCUAAAAAGUACAGAUUUGCGCUGGAACUUCGAAAAGUUUUUGAUUGACCGCACAGGAAGACCUUGGCGACGUUUUGAUCCAACUUUCAACCCCAUGGACAUGUGGAGCCAUGUAGAAGAGCUUGUGGCAGCACCUCCAGUAGCACCAGGGCGGAAGCACAUACAUGACUGUCUUUAGAACUCAAAUGACUUGUGGAAAUUAUUUAAGCCAAAUAAUCAUCCCAUUGAAUAAGAGCUACUUUAUGACGUUGCAACUGAAAACCGUAAUAGGUGGGUUGCCACAGAUGUGUCUAGCUUGUCAUGUCUACUGCAUUCAGACAUGGUAUGUGAAGGCAAUUAGUUUGAAUUCAUUGGAGAGGAUAUUUGGGUAUAAAUAACUUCAACAAUAAUUUUCAUCUACAAAAUCUUUAAUGUAAAAUGGAAUAAAUUAUCAAUAAAAAGGCA